ACUUGACAAUGGCCUUCUGGCUAUGCUCUCGAAAUGCAGCAAAUAACGGCCGUUUGACACCGGCCCCGGUGUUAUUCGUCGGGAAGACGUCAGCGGAGGAUCGUCGGUGGGUGGUAUCGGAAUCUCGACCAUGAAUCGAAAUGAAGCGUGUUGCUUCCUACUUUUGAUUCUCUGCAUUCUGCUGAGCGAUUAUCGAGUCAAUUCCGACAGCGACGCUCGUUUGUCCAGGAGAAGGAGAUACGUUGUCUUUCCCGAGGGUUCAACUUUCUCCGUCGCUCUUUGCGUGACGGUGCACACUGUGACACCUGACAACAUCUUCACGGAGGGCAUCAAUUGGGGCAUCUCUUACGACCUGCCUAACGAAAGCAAACCUGCCCUCGAACCAUUCUUGCAAUUGAGACACGACCAAGUGAAACCGGUGAAGAAAUACGGGAGCCAAUACGCGACGAGCGACAAGAACGUGGUCAAGUAUUCGGGAUGGAACAGUGACAAAUAUUACGUGAAACCAGGGAAGGGCAAGUAUCGCAAGCCUGACUACUAUUACCUUCAGCGCAGACAUCGACGGGAACUUUACAGCAAACUGGAGACCAUUAUGAAUGCGAUGAAUUUCGACGGUAGAACAUGUAUCCUUCGCGCCCUCUGCGAGGCCUCGCAACGAUUGCUUCCGAAAGGGAACACUCUGGUCGAGGAAAUGAUGAGGAUAUCGUUCUCCUUCCCUUUGAAACGGUUGUUCGAUCACGAGCCGGAGGAGCAUCACGCGUACAGCAGGGCACGGAAAGCGGGGCACGAGGGGCACGACUGCGCCGCCAUGUUCGCCGGAUGCAGCCUCUCCCUGAUCGACAUGGCCCUCGGGAAAUACGACGCGGCUGAGAGCCCUCCGCUUCCGACCGGGUACACGGACGAAUCUUACUCUUACGGGGGCUGGGCCAGGUACAACAUGAAAUAACCGUGAGAUGCCGGAUCCCAGAGAGAAGGGUGAAUUUCGAAGGGGAGUACAGCGCGGGAAAUCGAUUAGUUGGUUCGAUUUGGAAAGAGAGAAAGAAACAACGAUGAUCCUUUUUUUCGAAAACCUUCCUGGUUUUCAGCGUGGAGGAAAAGUUUUUUUUCUACGUUGAAAUUGAUCUUGCGGCCAUCGAGCAGCUAUAUAUAACGGAAUAUCGUUUAAAAUCGUCUUCAGUGUUCAAAGAUGUUCUUUGGAAAUUGUAGAAAUUGUUGCACGAGUUGUUUAAACGAUUAAUAUUAAUAUGUAUGGGAAAGGAUAGAUUAUUCUCUUCGAACGUUCCACUGAAAAAUGAUUAAGAGAUUUGGAGAAUCUACGUAACAAGCGAAUAUCUUUCAAGAAUAAUCGACUAUGCCAAGAGAUACCCAAAGAUAUUCUUUAAAAAUUUUCAACUUUUCAAUACCAUAAAACACCUAGAAAAUGCAAACAGUCAAUAUAAUAUAUAUAUUUCAAUAUAAUAAUACAUUAAAAAAUCUGGAUGAACGAAGCAAAAAUAAUUCGACGAUCCAUUGAUCCAAACUGAUUAGGAGAUUUAAAAAAUCUACGCGUAAUAAGCGAAUAUCUUUCAAGAAUCGAGAAUAAUACCAAGAGAUAUUCAAAGAUAUUCUUUAAAAAUUUUCAAUCUUAAUACCAUACCUAGAAUACCUAGAAAAUCCAAACAGUCAAUAUAAUAUAUAUAUAUAUUUCAAUAUAAUAAUACAUUAAAAAAUCUGGAUGAACGAAGCAAAAAUAAUUCGACGAUCCAUUGAUCCAAACUGAUUAGGAGAUUUAAAAAAUCUACGCGUAAUAAGCGAAUAUCUUUCAAGAAUCGAGAAUAAUACCAAGAGAUAUUCAAAGAUAUUCUUUAAAAAUUUUCAAUCUUAAUACCAUACCUAGAAAAUCCAAACAGUCAAUAUAAUAUAUAUAUUUCAAUAUAAUAAUAAACUUAAAAAAUAAAAAAUCGGGACGAACGAAAAAAAGAUGGUUCGACGAUCCAUCGAUCAACUAACCAUCGACGUAAAAAAUAUUAAAUGGAAAGAGAAUCGUUGAGGGGAUUAUUUCCCCCGUAGCGAGAAUACGUUCCGGUACGUAAAGUGGUUAGAAGAAAGAAGCUCAGGAGAGGUGAUACGGAAAGGUGAAGGUAAAGUCGAAACCAGCCUCGAGAAUGGUGAUACUCCUCCCUGCAACGUACUGGUAGCGUGCACCGCUACAUUUUCGGUAAUUGGAUGAGCUUACUACCUAUCGGUGAAGGAGGAAGGUUAGAUGGGGAUUGGGGGAUGGGGCCAUGAAAUAAGCGAGUGCACGAGGACGGAUAAGAGGAUACAUCCGGGUUCGUGUUCGGUUCGCCGACUCGAAUCGAUAAUAACGAUUCUUUUGUAAUAUUGUUACGAUCCCGGCCCUGCUAUAAUAGGAUUAGAUCGGAGGAUCGAACACCGUAUGAAAUCUAUUCGAAAACUAUUUCGAACGUUCGUAACUACGAACAGCUUUGAUGCGCGGUUUUGCACCAUCGUCCACGAGCGUGGUCCACGCUUGCCUAGAGAUGCAGAUCUAGAGAUGGGAGAGACGGAGUAUCGCGGGAUAUUAAACCGGAAAUGGAAAUCGUCAGGCGACACCUGCUUCUUUCGUAUAUAUUUUUCCAAUCAUUUCAUUUGUUAUCCGGAUCUCGGUACUCGUGUAAAUAAAAUCUGGACGAACGAAUAAAUUUGUUGUACGAUUUUUC